AUGUCUCGGCGCGGCGCCGAGGCACAGAGCCGCUGCGAUGCAGCGGCGGCAAGGCACGGCGGCGAAAGCACCAUCGCCGGGCAGUCUCGGGGUGGCGUGGAGGGCCACUCGAGCUCUGCCGGCGGUGCGGCCGCCGCUCACGGGCACGCGACGCGAGGAGGCGUCGCCGAGGGCGUCGACGAGGCGCUCGACGAGGCGCGGCCGCGGGCCGGGUCCUCUCGGAGCCGCGGAGGCGCCGCUGCAGGCGGCGGCGGCGAGAGCGAGGUCGGCAGGCAGAGCGGCUGUGGCGGUGAGGGCCAUGCGGGCUCUGCUGCCGGCUCGCUCGCCUCUCUCGAGGAUGCGACGGCCGGGACAGCCGUCGCUGCAGCCGGCGGCACCGCGCCGCCUGACGAGCCGCGUCCGUGGACAGCGGCGAGCACCCGCUGCUGGGCGAGGGCAGCGGCGCAAGUUGGCGUCGAUGGCGCCGUCGCCGCAAAGCGUGAUCGAGAUCGCUUUGGCGGAGGCGCGAGCGACGCGGUGCACGACGAGGGGGCGGGCCUCGUCUCGGUGGGCGGCGGCGGGCCGCCUGGCAUGUCUCGGCUCGGCGCCGAGGCACAGAGCCGCUGCGAGGCAGCGGCGGCAACGCGCGGCGGCGGAGGCACCAUCGCCGGGCAGUCUCGGGGUGGCGUGGAGGGCCACUCGAGCUCUGCCGGCGGUGCGGUCGCCACGCACGGGCACGCGACGCGAGGAGGCGUCGCCAAGGGCGUCGACGAGGCGCUCGACGAGGCGCGGCCGCGGGCCGGGUCCUCUCGGAGCCGCGGAGGCGCCGCUGCAGGCGGCGGCGGCGAGAGCGAGGUCAGCAGGCAGAGCGGCUGUGGCGGUGAGGGCCAUGCGGGCUCUGCUGCCGGCUCGCUCGCCUCUCUCGAGGACGCGACGGCCGGGACAGCCGUCGCUGCAGCCAGCGGCACCGCGCCGCCUGACGAGCCGCGUCCGUGGACAGCGGCGAGCACCCGCUGCUGGGCGAGAGCAGCGGCUCAAGUCGGCGUCGAUGGCGCCGUCGCCGCAAAGCGUGAUCGAGAUCGCUUUGGCGGAGGCGCGAGCGACGCGGUGCACGACGAGGGGGCGGGCCUCGUCUCGGUGGGCUGCGGCGGGCCGCCUGGCAUGUCUCGGCUCGGCGCCGAGGCACAGAGCCGCCGCGAGGCAGCGACGGCAAGGCGCGGCGACGGAGGCACCAUCGCCGGGCAGUCUCGGGGUGGCGUGGAGGGCCACUCGAGCUCUGCCGGCGGUGCGGCCGCCACGCAUGGGCACGCGACGCGAGGAGGCGUCGCCGAGGGCGUCGACGAGGCGCUCGACGAGACGCGGCCGCGGGCCGGGUCCUCUCGGAGCCGCGGAGGCGCCGCUGCAGGCGGCGGCGGCGAGAGCGAGGUCAGCAGGCAGAGCGGCUGUGGCGGUGAGGGCCAUGGGGGCUCGGCUGCCGGCUCGCUCGCCUCUCUCGAGGACGCGACGGCCGGGACAGCCGUCGCUGCAGCCGGCGGCACCGCGCCGCCUGACGAGCCGCGUCCGUGGACAGCGGCGAGCACCCGCUGCUGGGCGAGAGCAGCGGCUCAAGUCGGCGUCGAUGGCGCCGUCGCCGCAAGGCGUGAUCGAGAUCGCUUUGGCGGAGGCGCGAGCGACGCGGUGCACGACGAGGGGGCGGGCCUCGUCUCGGUGGGCGGCGGCGGGCCGCCGAGCAUGUCUCGGCUCGGCGCCGAGGCACAGAGCCGCUGCGAGGCAGCGGCGGCAACGCGCGGCGGCGGAGGCACCAUCGCCGGGCAGUCUCGGGGUGGCGUGGAGGGCCACGCGAGCUCUGCCGGCGGUGCGGCCGCCACGCACGGGCACGCGACGCGAGGAGGCGUCGCCGAGGGCGUCGCCGAGGCGCUAGGCGAGGCGCGGCCGCGGGCCGGGUCCUCUCGGAGCCGCGGAGGCGCCGCUGCAGGCGGCGGCGGCGAGAGCGAG